AUGGAUGAAUCUUCUACGACCUUGUUGAUUGAGCAAUUCAAAGCAGUCACGGAUAUUUCUUCCGAUGAUAAUGAUGAAGAUAUUUCCAACUUGCUUCGUGUUCAUGACUAUAACAUGAAUAAUGCCAUUUCAACAUAUUUUGAUUCCGGCUUUACAAGUGUUUCCGGGUCCAACAGGAAUGAAGUACGUGAUUCCAGAGAAUAUUCUGAUACUUCUGUUUCAGUGAAUGAAUAUUCUCCAGCAGUUGAUGCUGACGUGAUUUUGCCAUCCACCAGUGGAAUUGCCUCAGGAGCUUCUUUCCAUGAUAUUGAAGAUAAUACGUCAAGACAACGUCGACCAUCUUUUCAAACCGUCAAUUUACAACAUCAGUUGUACUAUGAUUCGUUUAUGCCCAAACUUCCAAAAGCACCCAAGCUUUCCAAUCAUUGGCAAUUGGGCUUAUCAUUGUACAAUUCCCGGAAACAGGCAGAACAAUUACUGGAAAAGAGUCAAGAGAAAGAAGGAGAAGAAGAUGUCGAUGCUAAGCUGUUAGAGGUUGAAACUAUUAAUAGUACUCCUUCCGAAUCCAAUGAUAUAAAUGGUGGUGUUCGCAAAUCACGUCCACUUUGGUUAUUAUUUUUAAUUAUACCCCAAGGAUUCAUUAAUGCACUUGUAUCUAUUGCCCAAUUUUUUUUAUCACCAUUCUUUUCAUCUUCUUUACCUUUGAAAAGACAUCGCAUUAUUCCCAAACUGUUCAAUUAUGAUCAUUUACAAAUGGAUUUUAUACCCAAACUUUCACCCUCUAUAAAGGAAUUAGCUAAAACAAAUUUGCACAUUGUGGAUAAACAUUUUAAUGAGACUUUUGACAAAGCUAUGAAGGAGUACAAAUGGCUUUUGGUUAUCCUUCUGACUCCAGAUGAUGAGAAUCCAGAGGAAGAAUUGGAAACAUCGUUUAUUGAUAAAUUUCUUUUGAAUUCUAGAGUUCAAACGGUUUUUAGUAAGGAAAAUUCAUCUAUUUUCAUUGGAAGUGUUAACGGGUCACCUGAAUGUCUUGAAUUGGCUCAAACGUAUCAAGUGAAAAGACUUCCAUAUGUCAUGCUUGUUGCUAAUAUCAACAAUAUUCCUUCUAUUGUUUACAAGUGUAAUUUGGCACCUAUAUUUGUUACUCCUGGUGCUCUACCAACAACUAUUGAUAAGAUUAUACGAAAUAUCCUGAAACAAGUUGAAAUUUAUACUCCACAAUUAAUAAGUGAUAAAUUUGAGUCUCAAGAAAUGGAGCAAAGUCGUCAAAUCCGUCAAUCUCAAGACGAUGCUUAUUUGCAAUCUCUUGAACGUGAUAGACAACGUAAACUUGAAAGAGAGAAUUCCCAAUGGUUAAAAUCUCUCAAAACUUCAUUCCUUAAAUAUCAUAUUUGCCUCGGUGAAGAAGAAGAAUAUGAAGAUACUCCAAUACGAUGUGCUAUUAAAUUGCCUAAUGGGAAAAGACUUUUAUCAAGAUUCUCACCGCUGUUAACAAUCACACAGCUUUAUUUUCAUAUUGAGAAACACCUUUACAUUGCACAAUUACUUGAAGACGGAGACUUUGAAUCAGAAGCAGAAAUCCAUGAAAAGUUAGCUUUGGAAAACCUUCAACCACCCUCUCAUAAAGAUGGCUCUGAAUUCACAUUGGAAGAUUACCAGACAAAAUUUCCAUGGAAUUUCGAAGUGGUCCAGCCAUAUCCUAAAGUUGUGAUAGCUUCAUCAAAGAAGAAGCUUAGCGAGGUUAAAGAACUUAAGAGCGGAGCAAAUCUAUUGGUUGAGUAUACUGAUGAUGAUACCGAUGACGUUGAUAAUGAAGAGAGCAAUGAAUGA